CAGUGCGCGCUUCAAGUCCAUAAAAGUCCUUGCCUGCGAGGUCUAAAGCAAGCACUUGUGUGCCCUCAGCCUCUCCAGAAAUAGCGCAGAUACCGGCAGCAUGUCUGCGCUCACCACAUCCCAGUCAACAAGCACCUCCCAGCCCGCAGAUGCCACCUCCCAGACCAAGGACGGCUGGUCCGCCGCCCUAUACGGAAAAGCCGCCAACUUCGUAUACUCGUCCGCCUUCACCAGCCCCGUCAUGAACCUCCUCGAGCCCAAAUCCGGCGAGCGCAUCCUCGACCUUGGCUGCGGCACCGGCGAGCUGACCGCAACCCUCGCGCGCGCCGUCGGGCCCGACGGCUACGUGUCGGGCGUCGACGCCAGCGCGAAUAUGGUGGCCAAGGCCAGGGAGGUGGUGGCGGCUAGUCGGGCAGAGACCUCGCAUGUUCCAAUGGCGCCCGUUGACCUUCUUGUCGCCGAUGCCCAGACGCUGCAGCUGUCGCCAGAGCAAGAGGGUACCUUCGACGCCGUCUUCAGCAAUGCAACGCUUCACUGGUGCUCGAGGGACCCCCUCGCCGCGCUUCAAUCCGCCGCCCGCGCCCUGCGUCCCGGCGGGCGCUUCGCGGCUGAGAUGGGCGGGAUGGGUAACUGCAUUGGUGUCCGAGCGGCGAUCCAUUCUGCGCUACAGCGUCGAGGGCGCGAUCCAGCUGCCGUAGACCCCUGGUUCUUCCCAUCCGUCGAGGAAUACAGCACCCUCCUCACCCGCGCGGGCUUCACCAUUCGAGAGAUCAGCCUCGUCCCACGAGUGACGCCGCUGCCGGAAGGCCUCUCUGGGUGGCUGAGAAUGUUUGCAAAGCAUUCGUUCCUGGGCAACUUGGAAGAGGCGGAAGCAGAGGAGAUAAUCAAAGAGGUUGCAGAGGCGAUGGCGGUGGAUUGUCGGGACAGGGAAGGGCGGUGGUCAAUGAUGUAUGUAAGAUUGAGGUUCUCGGCGGUGAAGGAGGAAUGAAAGAACAACGCGGGUGUCCUGAGCCAGCAUCA